AUGAGAUCCACACUGACGCCUUUGCAACUGCUUUUUCGUUCAGCUCAAUCCGCGUUUCGCGCUUCCUCCCACCCACCAGACUCUCCAGAAGCUAUCAUAUUGGUUGAGCUUACUUCCUUCUGCGAAUCCGGAGGCCCAAACAAUACAGGAGAUGAAUACCUACACUUACCCGCCAUCGUCGAAGCGGCGGAAUCAAGCCCUGCUGCGGCGAAGGCCGCUGCGGACACUAUCAGCCGAGUACUUUCCAACCCAGCUAGCAAAAAGGGCUACAAGCAGUACAAUGCCAUCAUGCUCAUCCGCAUCCUGUCUGACAACCCCGGCACGACCUUCACGCGCAACUUCGAUAGCAAAUUCGUAUCGAUAGCUAAAAAUUUGUUACGCGAAGGGCGGGAUAUGAGCGUACAGCAGAUCCUGCGAGAGACGCUUGAGUUUCUCGCUGUACAAAAAAGUCAUGACACGAAUGUGGCACCGCUGGUGGAAAUGUGGAAGAAGGAGAAGCUGAAGUUUGAGAAGGCUAUGGGUGUUAGCGCUGGACCAUGGGUUCAGCCACUUAUUCCGGGACAACGGGAUGAUUACUUUGCGCGCUCGCAUCGCUCUAGCGGCCUACCCACACCCGAAGAGCUCUCCGCCAGGAUAACAGAAGCAAACAUCUCCGCGUCUUUGCUUCUCCAGUUCGUGCAGUCGACGCCAACAGCGGAAUUCUACUCGAAUGACCUCCUAAAGGAAUUCUCCGCACGGUGCCAAGCUGCCGCCAAAUCUAUCCAGGGAUACAUGAACGCGACGAAUCCCUCGCCGGACGAAGAUACGAUGCUCACUCUAAUAGAGACAAACGAUAGACUCUCCGCCGCGUUCUCGAAAUACCAGCGUGCUGCGGUCGUUGCCAGAAGGAACGCCAGUAGAACAGAUUCUCAAGAAGCGGUUCCCCCUGCUUUGCCACCGUUGGCAGCACCACAACAGCAGCCUCUUUAUCAGGCCGGGCAGGCUCUACAGAACUUCGAAGUUCCGAGCGCGGCUAAGCGCUCCGUCCCUCUCCUCUCCAUCCCGCGCAAAGCGUUGAGCAAAUUCCGUGGAGACAAGCCGCAGCAGCCAGGAGACCACCAAGACCCACCGCACCAACAACACCCUGCCCAUCCCCCACGAACUGCCUCGGAAAACACCAACCACUCAAACCCAAACCCGAACCCGACCCCGACCUCGACCUCGACUUCGCAAACCCCACCCCUCCAAUCCGCUGUCUCCCCACUAGCUACCACCCCACCCUCAUUCCCCCUCUCAAAUAACCAAAACCGGAAUAACAACCUGACCUCCCCCUCCCGCACCACAGCCCUAACCAGUCACGCACUCCACAACAGCAACGACGAAUUCACCUCCUCUUCCUACCAGUACAACUCCAGCGAAUUCCAGGUCGAGAACCCCUUCGCGGAUACAUACAGCACGCCUUUCCCCGACGAUAAUGCCAAUAGCAAUCAUUCUACAGCGACCACAACGACGACGUUGGCCAGACACCGCGGUCCAGCUGCCGGUCCAGCUGCGGAUGGAAAUACAGAUGAAGAUACCACACCAAUGACGAGUAGCACGUACUAUCCUGACGCGCGGAAUGUGAUGGUUGAUGGGAAUAUGCCAGGAGCGGCGAUUGAGACGGGGACUGGGGGUCGGGGCUUGGGGGGUUAA